AUGGUUCUUCCAGUUAUAUUUCAUAAUCUUCAAGGGUAUGAUGCACAUUUUCUUAUAAAGCAACUUGAUUGUUUACCAGGUGAACUUUCCUGUAUUCCCUCGACAGAAAAAAAGUAUAUUUCCCUUUCCAAAAAGAUUAAAGUUGAUGAGUAUAAAUCUAGAAGCACUGGAGAAAUGGUUUCACUAUAUUUUGAAUUAAGAUUUAUUGAUUCAUUCAAGUUUCUUCAGACGAGUCUUGCCAAUCUUGUUGGUAAUUUACAACCAGAUGAUUUUCAUAAUACAAAAGAAAUAUUUAGGGAAAAUGUAGAGUUAUUAACUCGUAAAGGAGUUUUCCCAUAUGAUUAUGUUACCUCAAUGAAAAAAUUAUCUGAAACACAAUUACCACCAAAAGAAGAAUUCUAUUCAAAACUAAAUGAUGAAGACAUAACUGAUGAUGAUUAUCAACAUGCAAUCAAUGUUUAGAAUACUUUUAAUUGUAAAACAAUUAGAGAUUAUCACAAUCUUUACCUAAAGUCUGAUGUUCUAUUAUUGGCAGAUGUAUUUGAGAAUUUUAGAAAAACGUGUUUAAAACAUUACAAUCUAGAUCCAGCACAUUACUACACAUCUCCUGGACUAGCCUGGGAUGCAUGUCUUAAAGAAACAGGACAAGAAUUAGAACUGUUGCAUGAUUAUGACAUGUUGAUGAUGUUUGAAAAAGGUAUUCGUGGAGGAAUAUCACACAUAUCAAAGAGAUAUGCAGAGGCAAAUAACAAAUACAUGAAAAAUUACGAUCCUGAUGAACCUUCUACUUAUAUUCAAUACCUUGAUGCUAAUAAUCUUUACGGAUGGGCAAUGUCACAAUCACUUCCCACACAUGGAUUUAAAUGGAUGAGAGAUUUAACAAAAGAAACUGUCAUGGACAUCCUGGAGAAAGCAAAUCAUAGUAUGAUAAAUCCAAGGACUUAA